AUGGAACAUGCCAUUGAUGAAUCUGCCGAAUGGCCGCCACGGAAGAGGCUCAGAACGUCGCAUGCAGUGUGUGAUGCCUGUCGUACCCGCAAAACAAGAUGCCUCGUCGGAGGAUGCAAGAGACGAAUAUGUGAUGGGAACAACCCUUGUACCACAUGUGCAGCGAUCGGCCAUGACUGUACCUACGGGUCUGAGGCCAAUUCGAGGAGCAAAAACGAUUUGAUCUUGGAAAGCGUUCUAAGAGUUGAAAGGACACUCCACGAGCUACGAUCUACCAUCCCAGCAAACAUACAACUAGCCUGCCAGCAACAUGUUAUCAACUCGCCCCAAAUAAACCGCACAAACUCAUUUUCAGGCUCGUCGCCAGACCUGAAUCUCCGGCGUCAAAGCCAAGCCAUCCAAACACCAAACAGCCAAGACAACCGCGAGAAUGUCGCCAACUUUGAGAACGCCGUCUUGGAUUCUAUGCAUACUUCAACAACUGAGUCGAUACUCCAGUGGCCUCACUUUGACGUCUUUCCGCUACUCAGGCAUGACGGAGAGUCCAUAUUUUACCUGGAACAAUCACGCAAGCCUCUAAGUGUCGCGGCAAAUCCCAUGUAUCCCUACGUCGAUACAGAAGACAUAGCAUCGAUGCUGGAAGCUUUUGAGCGGAAUGUCAACUUUUGGUAUCCGUCCAUGUCGCAAGAACAGCUUGGCAGCAUACGAGACACACUUCAGAGCGGUAUGCUCUCCGAUGAUUCAGUGCAUUCAUGUCUUUGCCUCCUCACUUUAGCUUUAGGAUGUGCCAGCCAAGCUGCUGAAGACCUUCGCUUUAUUACUGAACCUGAUCCUACUGAUAAAGACAGAAGAAUGCGGAAACGAAAGCUUGGUGAUAUCUAUUUCCAGUUGGCAUUGAAGAAGCUCCACGUUGUUCAUCUACAAGUCGAUUCUGAGAGCACGCAAUGCCUCUUCUUCACUGCGCUUUAUUUCGCAUCGUUGGUUAGACCACUCCAAGCCUGGGAGUACCUCAGUGCUACAGCAACAAGAUGCAUGCUUCUUUUGUCAUACCCUGCCAACAAGCAUGACACCGAGUCAGAAGAACGGAUUCGAAGGAUAUUUUGGUCCUGCUACGUAUUGGAAAGCGACUACAUGGCCGAACUAUCAGCAUGCCCCCCUUCUGGCAUCGCCCGCGUAGAAUCAUCAGUCCCUCUGCCCAGCUCUUAUCACACCCAUACGUCCGAAGUCGUGGAAGAAGAAUCUUCUCUCUACUUUCUGGCCUGUAUCAGCAUGCGCCGUCUGCUCAACAGAGUCCAUCAGCUCUUGUACGCAAGAGAUACUGGUGCAGCAUUCGACCACACUCGCUUUCCUCGCAUUGUCAAGGAGCUACAGCGCCAACUAGAUGAUUGGCGUGACGUACUACCAGCAUCGUUCUCAUUCAGCGUCGACACUGAUGAAGUACCGACGGCAGCUGGUGGCUUCCUUCGCCAGAGAUAUCUCACCUGCAAGGGAGUUAUAUACCGACCGUAUCUGAUGUGGAUGCUGAGUAGUAGCUACGACGAUACCGGUACUUCGACGUCGAUCGUGACUCCGGCGAUACCGGAUGUCAUGAACAAUUGCAAGUUAUGCCUUGAUGCGUGUUUACUCCAUGCCUUGGAUCUCAGAGGAUUCUCACAAACCGUUGUCAUCGACACAUGGAUCUGCUCUCUAUCUAUGUCUGGCGCCAUGCUCAUCAUUCUCGCCGCGUCAAACAUACCCGCUCUGAAGGAGUUCAUUGGCACGCGCGCCACGCUCGUGGGUAGUCAUCUGGAGCGAUUAUUUCGGACCUGGCGAGAUAUGUCGUUUGGGGGAGAUUCACCUAGUGUAGAUCGAAGUAUGUGGCUUAUCAACCAGGCGGAUAGUUAUAUCAAGGACUGUUAUUAA